AACGUCACCCAUUCCUUCUCCCCAGAGACGCCGCCUGUCCCGCUGAGUUACUCCAGCUUUCUUGUGUGUAUCUUUGGUUAUAAAGUAUGAUUGGAUUGCCUGUGCGGUUUGGGGAAGUGAGAGAGAGAGGGAGAGAGAGAGAGGCUGGUUGACUGAGUGACAAUGUGCAUACGUAUCACAGCUGGCUGCUGAUGUUUUCCAGAUGUGUCUGAGAAUCGAGGCAAGUUUAAAGAGAGCUACUGCUGCAGAGGUAGUGACAGUGGUGCUAACCCUCCAGAGAUCUCCUGUAUUCUCCCAAGAAGUUGCUUUAGUCCAUUCACUAAUCGGACCCUGGGGAAAAUGCAGGGAAGAACUUUGAUCUUGGUGAUAUUUUCCACCCAUGUGUGUUCCACUGUGCUGUCCAAAAGGAAUACAGUUCUCUUCCCGUCUGCACAGAGGUUAAAAAGAGAUCUAGAUUCCGACAUUCCCGUUAAUCCGGUGUUCCAGAGGUCAACGAAAGAUGUGGAGCUGCUUUACGAGUUUCUAUGGGACGGCUUGAACUUCGAGGACAAUUUCAGGUGCUCGCUGAAGGACAAGGAGCUCAUGUCGAUGAGGUCAGGAAAGAAGUUCAACGUCCUGGUCAACACCAUCAUCCCCAAGAAUAUUUCUGACAUCCGGAGACUAACUCACAAACUGUCCGAGCACCAAGGGCAGCUCAAGCCCGCCGACUUCGAGAGGAUACUCUUGACUCUAGUCUUCACAGCUUACCGCACGUCAAAAUCCCAGGGACAUCAACAAGACACCUGGGCAGAGUCGUUAGUGAAUAUUUUCAAGGCUUUAAGACAUGAUUUAAUGCUUUAAUUACAUCGAGUUUACGGGCAAUGGACAUAAAGAAAAAGGCUUUUAAUUCCAAUACUAACUCUCGAAAACUUCAUUCUACACCCGUUGUAUAUCAGUUUUAAUGGUAUCUCUUGUUUCCUGAAUAUAUGUCAUGCUUUCCAGUACAACUCUUUCUGCAGUAAACUUUGUCUUCCGCCUGUUUCUCCAAAGAUAACAUCGUUCACAAGUUAUAGGAGCAGAAAUAGGCCAUUCGGCCCAUCUAGUCCACUCCGCCAUUCAAUCAUGGCUGAUCUCUGCCUCCUAAUCCCAUUUUCCUGCCUUCUCCUCAUAACCCUUGACACCCGUUCUAAUCAAGAAUUUGUCUAUCUCUGAUAGACCACGUAUAGCUCAUGGGAACCUCUACUCUGGACCCUCCCAAUCCCCCACCAGCCUGUCUUGCAAAUGUAUUGUGAAUCAUAGAAUCAAAGACUCAUAGAAUGAUACACUGUGGAAACAGUGUGCCCAACUUGCCCACACCGGCCAGCAUGGCCCAGCUACACUAGCCCCACCUGCCUACGUAUGGUCCAUAUCCCUCCACACCUGUCCUAUCCAUGUACCUGCCUGAAGAAGGGUUUCGGCCCGAAACGUUGCCUAUCCCUUUGCUCCAUAGAUUCUGCUGCACCCGCUGAGUUUCUCCAGCAUUUUUGUCUACCUUCGAUUUUCCAGCAUCUGCAGUUCCUUCUUAAAUACCUGUCUAACUGUUUCUUAAAUGUUACAAUAGUCCCUGCCUCAACUACCUCCUCUGGCAGCUUGUUCCAUACACCCACCACCCUUUGUGUGAAAAAGUUACCCCUCAGAUUCCUAUUAAAUCUUUUCCUCGUCACCUUAAACCUGUGUCCUCUGGUCCUCGAUUCCCCCACUCUGGGCAAGAGACUCUGUGCAUCUCGGUGCAUCUGGGCAACAUCCCCAUAAAUCUUCUCUGAACCCUUUCAAGCUGGACAAUAUCUUUCCUAUAACAAUUGUAAAGAAUCCUUCAUCUUGAACCGAUCAAAUCUCGCAGAGUCCUCUUUACGAUACAUUGCAAGAGUAAUUCUUCACUAGAAAGAUCGCUUUGCUCAUAAAGGCAGCUAUCAUUUCUUCAAAAGAGCAAAAUGCGAUGAAUAAAAAUAACCUGGCCUCGCCAACGAUGCUUUUAUCCAACGAAGAAAGAACAAUAAAAAUCGCACUACAUUCUCAGCUCAGUUCAGUGUAGUUUAUCGUCACGUGUACAGAGGUACAGUGAAAAGCUUUUGUUGCGUGCUAGCCAGUCAGCAGAAAGACAAUACUUGAUUACAAUCGAGCCAUUUACAGUGUACAGAUACAUGAUAAGGGAAUAACGUUUAGUGUAUUCCGGUCAUUAUGAGAUUUACGAUCAAAGUCAAG